AUGAAAGAACUCGGAGCAGUCAUCAUCGCAAAGACGAACCUCCCUCAGAGUAUUAUGUGGUGCGAGACAGAUAAUCCUCUUUGGGGUCUGACUACACACCCAGAUGACCCGGCACUAACUCCCGGUGGCUCUUCCGGAGGAGAAGCAACUAUGCUCGCUCUUGGCGGAUCACUCAUUGGCUGGGGAACAGAUAUUGGAGGUUCUAUACGCAUCCCAAGUCACAUGAAUGGUAUCUGGGGUUUGAAGCCAAGUAGCGGUCGCAUGACCUAUCGGGGUGUGGAGGUUACACUAGAAGGGCAACAACAUAUACCGUCAGCUAUUGGUCCAAUGGCUAGAUCAUUGGAAUCUCUCACUUUGGCCACCAAGCUAGCUAUCGAAGCAGAACAUUGGACCAUAGACCCGCAGCUUCCACCGCUGCCCUGGAAAGAAACCGUAUUUCAGACAUUUUCGGAACGAACACUUGUCAUUGGUGCUCUACUGGAUGACGGCCUGGUAAAGGUGCAUCCACCUAUCGAGCGAGUAUUCCGUCAGACGUUAGAAAAGCUAAAGGCUGCGGGUCAUGAGGUUGUAGAGUGGGACUCGAGUCUGCAUCCCGAGAUCAUUGACCUUAUGGAUACGUACUAUACCUCUGAUGGAGGCGAAGAUAUCCGAAGGGCUGUUGCAGAAGGAGGGGAGCCUUUUGUACCGCAGAUCCAAUCCUUGGUCGAUCGUGGGAAUCACAUCUCGGUAUACUCAUACUGGCAGCUUAACAAACGCAAGGUAGCAGCCCAAAAUGCGUACCAUGACAUGUGGAACGCCGCAUGCUCUCUAUCAGGAAAGACCGUCGACGUUCUCCUCAUGCCUACGAUGCCACACACUGCAGUGCCGCAUGGAUCUAGUCGCUGGACCGCAAGAUUGAAUCCUACUCGUAGAUACAUGACUGCAUGA